CCGAAGCCUCGCCUCUGGGGCCAAUUCUAUAUACCUACCAUUAGAGGAGAGAUAGAGAGUGUAAAUUGUGUUGUAGUGGAGUCUUUGGAGAUGGACAGUCGCCCAUGGCUUUCUGAUGAACCCGGGAUCAAAUAUGCACACAUCAAUGCCUUCACUCAUCGUCCAUUUGGGGGAAAUCCGGCCGCUGUGUGUUACCUGAGCGAGAUAAUGUCGGAUAAAUGGAUGCAGCUUGUCGCCAGGGAAUUCAAUCUCUCUGAGACUGCUUUCCUCAUGAAGAUCCCUGAUGUCCCUGCAAAUAAUGAGUUCAGUCUUCGAUGGGUCAACCCAAAAGUUGAGUGUCAAGUUGUGGCUGCAUUAGUAACAACAUCAACAGAGCAUGCCAUUUUUGUCCAGGAAAUUUUUUUUCUCCGAGUGCACAUGGUAUGCAAUGUCAAUCUUAUUACUUAUGACUUCAAUCUACAAUCUCUUGCUUGUCAUGUGUUCUUGGAUUGA